UUGGGUGGGAUGGGAUGGACGAGGUUGAGGAGGCGGUAGGCUCGCUUGUGCAUCUGGUCGGGGCGGAAGCCAAAGGACUGGAUCUGGUUCACUCUGCCGAGGAUCUGCUUGAGGGGGGCAAAGGCAGGGUCGUCGGGGAGGGACAUCAUAUAGGGCAGGAAGGGAGUGAAGACAUCGACGCCGUCUUUGGUCUCCUUGGUGGCGAUUCCGAGGGGAAGGACAGGGAGGGAGCGAUUGGCAUCCUUGAGGUCGAGGGCGGUCUUGAUCUCAAGCAUAACGCUGUCCUCCUGGCCAUUCUUGGCCUUGUUCUUCAUCAAGGCGCUGAUAGGGCUGGCAUGAGGGUCGCUGGGAUUGUUGAGGCAGUCGACAUCGUGGAAGACAGAAAGGGGUUUGCCAUAUCGACGGAGGGCGACCGAGGUGAGCACCUCCUUCAGAGCCUGGACAGUGUUGGCAUCAGUCUGGGCACG